GCCGUCGUUUCCAUGGAUGCACUUGCCGUCCCCUGCUUGGUUCCGCCUCCCCUCUCAACCCAGGAGGAGGAAUGCGGCGGGGUGAGCCCAAGCUGGGUCCUCCUCGACCGGACCGCCUACAUCUCCGCCGACUCCGUCUCCAACUCCACCACCGCCGUCGGGCAGAUGAGCACCGGCAAAUCCAUCCAGGUCUCCUUGUGCCUCGGCCGCCCCCCGCUCCUCUCCUACCUCUGCGCCCACUCCCCAGGCCCCGUCUUCGGCUCCACCGUGGGCACCGUCUUCGGCCCCCCCGCCGGCACCCCCGCCGUGCGCUGCGUCAGUGUUCCCCCCGUCGUCCUCAGCACGCACGCCGAUCUAGCCCUUCUCCGCGUCACGAUCCCGGGCGCGCCGCUGAACGACAGCUCCUUCGACUACUUCGUCUACACGGCCCGCCCGCGCCCGGGCGGCGCCUCCUCCCUCGACCUGCUCCCGAGGCCCACCGGCGCCUCCCGCUUCCGGGACUUCGAUGUCGCCAUCCUGCGCUGCUCCGGCGGCGGCGGCUCCCGCUACGUCAUCGCCGCCCUCAGGACCACCAACCACCGAUUGCACUUCAGUCUCCAGCGCUACGACUCCGACACUCGCAGCUGGACCAUGACGCCCUUGUCCCUCGAUCACCAACCGGAGAGAGACAAGGUGCUCCCCAUCCCCAACUCGGCCACCGAGGUGGUGUUCCACAACACUAACAAGCUCAUCGUUCUCGGAUCUACAACCGUUGUUGGUUGGGUCGAUCUGUGGAGGGGUAUCCUCUUCUGCGACGUGCUCGAUGAAAACCCCGUGCUCCGUGACAUGCCACUGCCUAAGCCGGCCAGGAGCAACAGAAGAAGCUUCUGCAUAGGUAGCGCAAUGGGUCAGAGGGACAUCGCCGUCCUCACAAUCGCAGAGGAGGUGAAGAUCAGGUACGUCGAUCUGGAGAUUCGCCCUGGGGUUGUCCCGUCACCUCAACGCCGGCAGCCGAUGGACGACGACGACCACUCAGGCUCCAGCUCUGACGAUGGUGAACAUGACUUUGACGUCGCUUACUACUGGAAGACCACCGUCUGGAGCAUGCCAGUGCCGAUUACUUCAUGGAAAGACUGGCACAAGGAUUGCACAGUCGAUGUGGCCGACACCAUUGUCGAAAACCCAAGGCACUGCGAGGUGCUGCUGGCGUUGCCAACAAGGCUGAGCACUGAUCCAGUGGAUGCGGCAGUGAGCUUGAGAAGGAUGUACACUGGUUUUCCUACCUUGGGGCUUGGCAUGGAUGGCAAUUUGGCCAUUUUUUUCUUGUCCAAGGUGGAUCGCCUUUCAACGGAGGGAUGGGUGAUCGAAGUUGGCGUCAAGGAUAAUAAGCUGCAAGGCAUCGCCAGGCUUGAUGACAGGAAGUACACGUCUUUCAGACGCUACUACUGUAUCACUGAUAUCUCCAAAUAUCUGAUCAGGGCUACAGGCGCAGCAGGAGCCCUUGUACGGACCAGAAUGCGUAAUAAGUAGCAGAAAGUAGAUGGACAUGAAGCACAAGGGUAUGCGGCAAGGAGUGAUCUUUGAUGAAGCUCGAGAAGAGAUGCAAGAUGCAGAUGUUGGGUGAUCAGGAGCUUGCCGGGAAGAGUUUCUUUACCUAGGUGGUAAUAGGGGUCUUGUAUGGGUCAUUUAGUUUAGUUCGCCUCUAUGACACAUCAGAAUACCUGCUUCAUGCAAAAUUAAACUAUAAAAGAACCUGAUUUUGGCAUGCGAAACACAUAGCUGGCCUCUCUUAUCUUGCCUGAUACUCCCCCCCUAACAAUUAAGUUUCCAGUUAUUGUGGACAGUGUAUCUGAUUUUGGUAUACCUGCAAUGAAAUCUACUACAGUAGUUACGAUA